AUGUUGAGAAGAGCAAGACCAAUUUCAAAGUUUGUUAGAUGCAAUUCAUCAACAACAGCAAAAUAUUUUCCAUCGGAACCACAAGCUCCCAUCGUUUCAACUGAGUCUAUUCCUGGACCCAAAUCAACUGCAAUUAACCAUGAAUUAGGUAAGGUUUUCGACAAUGGAGCUACUUAUUUUGUUGCCGAUUAUUUCAAGUCACUUGGUAAUUAUAUUAGUGAUGCUGACGGUAAUAAAUUGCUAGAUGUCUAUUGUCAAAUUUCAUCAAUUGCAUUAGGUUAUAAUAAUCCUAAAUUGAUUGAAGCUGCAAAAUCCGACGAAAUGACAUCUGCUAUUGUUAAUCGUCCUGCAUUGGCAUGUUUUCCCUCAACAAACUAUAAAGAUAUUCUUCAACAGGGUUUAUUAGCUGCGGCUCCACCAGGUAUGGAUAAGAUUUGGACUUCAUUAAGUGGAUCAGAUGCUAAUGAAACUGCAUACAAGGCUGCUUUCAUGUACCAACAUGCCAAAUUGAGACAAACUAAUGGAUUUACUGAAGAAGAAUUGACCAGUGUUAUGAAUAAUGAAACUCCAGGUGCUUCAGAUAUGGUGAUUUUAUCAUUCGAUAAAGGGUUUCAUGGAAGAUUAUUUGGAUCAUUAUCUACAACUAGAUCAAAAGCUAUUCAUAAAUUAGAUAUUCCUGCAUUCCCCUGGCCCAAGGCACCAUUCCCAGAAUUGAAAUACCCCUUGGCUGAAUUUGAAUCUGAAAAUAGGGAAGAAGAAGAACGGUGUUUGUAUCAAUUUGAAUCGAUUAUUGAAAAUUCUCCAAAACAAAUUGCAGCAAUUAUUGUUGAACCAGUUCAAUCCGAAGGUGGUGAUAAUCAUGCAACCCCAUUCUUCUUCCAAGGGUUAAGAGAUUUGACAGAGAGACAUGGCAUUUUGAUGAUUGUUGAUGAAGUGCAAACUGGUGUUGGAGCAACUGGUAAAUUUUGGGCUCAUGAACAUUGGAAUUUGACAACACCUCCUGAUAUGGUUACAUUUUCCAAGAAAUUCCAGGCUGCUGGAUUCUACUUCAGUAAUCCAGAAUUACAACCAAAUCAACCAUAUAGACAAUUUAAUACCUGGUGCGGAGAUCCAUCAAAAGCCAUCUUGGCAAAAGCUAUCUACAAGGAAAUUGCAGCAUCAAACUUGGUUUCUAGCACAGCACAAGUUGGCGAUUAUUUAUUCAAAGGUUUACAAACCAUUAUUUCGAAAUCAGGUGGCAAGUUUACCAAUUUAAGAGGUGAAAAAUUUGGUACUUUUAUUGCUUGGGAUUGUGUUGAUGCUGAGUUCAGAAAUAAGGUGUUGCUCGCAUGUAGAGCUCGUGGAGUAAAUAUGGGUGGAUGUGGCGAUGUGUCAAUUAGAUUGAGACCCACAUUGUUGUUUGAAAAGAAACAUGCUGAUGUAUUUUUGAAUAUUUUGGAAGAUGCUGUCAAGAGUUUGUAG